CUAGGAAGGAGCGUUGCGAUAGAGCCAGCUACUUUCUAGGCCGACAGUACUGCAUACAAUUUCAGAGUGAUUUGUGACUGGAAAAUACUGGAACAGGAGUCAGAAGACCAUAGAAUUGAUUUUGCCAUUUAAAAGCCUCAUAACCUUAGACAAAUAACAUAACAUCAGCUGUCCUGGCUGUCGUGUAGCCAUUGUUAAGAUCAGAUGAGAGGAUGAGAAUGUCCUGCACAAAUGAACUACAAAGAAGGUGGUUUUGUUGCGACUGGUGAGAUUACCAUCAAUUCAAUAUAGAAAUUGAUGACUUCCUCUAAUAUGUUAUUUGGAAAAAGAUGAAUAUAAAUUUAAUGAAAUGGAUUCCAAUAUCAAGGGAGAAAUUCCUGUGCAUGAGGAAUUCAUUUUAUGUUGUGGAGUUGAAACCCAGGUUCUAAAAUGUGGGCCCUGGACUAACCUCUUCAGUGAGCAGAGGACCAACAGGCCGAAGCUGCUUAUUUUUAUUAUUACAGGUAAUCCAGGUUUUUGUUCCUUUUAUGUACCAUUUGCAAAGGCUUUGCACUCCGCAACAAACAGACGCUUUCCAGUUUGGGUUAUCAGUCAUGCUGGACAUGCUUUGGCCCCCAAAGACAAGAAGAUUCUUACAACCUCAGACGAUUCAAAUGCUCAAGGAAUUAAAGACAUCUAUGGACUACAAGGUCAAGUGGAACACAAGCUAGCUUUCCUGAGAACCCAUGUGCCAAAGGAAAUGAAACUUGUGGUCAUCGGCCAUUCAAUAGGCUGCUAUAUUUCCCUUGAGAUUUUGAAGCUUGCUCCUGAACUCCCAGUAAUUCGCUCCUUUCUGCUUUUUCCAACAAUCGAGCGACUGUCGGAGUCACCAAACGGCAGGAUUGCCACUCCACUUCUGUGCUGGCUUCGAUAUGCUCUCUAUGCUCUUGGCUACCUUUUACUUAAACCAUGUCCUGAGAAAAUCAGGUCCCUGAUAUUAAGAAUCAGUCUUCAGAUGAUGAACCUGCAGAACGAAUUUUCGGUCCAGAAUAUAUUGGAACCAUUCUGCCUUGCUAAUGCUGCCUACCUUGGAGCCCAAGAAAUGAUGAAGGUGGUAGAGAGAGAUAACGAAACCAUAAGGACACAUUUAUCUAAGCUUACGUUUUACUAUGGUACUAUAGAUGCUUGGUGUCCAAAGAAAUACUAUGAAGACAUAAAGAGAGAUUUUCCAGAAGGAGAUAUUCGACUGUGCGAGAAAAAUUUACGUCAUGCUUUUAUCCUCCAUUCUUCUGGAGAAAUGGCUGACAUGAUAGCUGACUGGCUAAAGGAUGAUCUGUCCAAAAUAUAAGUCCUGACACGUGGAAGCAUCACUGACCGCUAGUACAUAGGAGUGGUAGGUGUGCUGUCUCUUAGUAGUGUACUUAGUAGGUAAGUGUCCAGUGUUAAUGUUUGAUGCUAGAAGACUUGGCUUGAUGUCAGCU